GGAAAUUCUGUUGUUUACGCAUGUCUCUGUAACACUGAGAAGCGAGAGGAGCCCAGAAAACCCAGAGGGAGCUGACUAACACUGGUUAUGGAAGUACAGCAAUUAUGCAAAGCAGAAAAUCCUACUUCCAUUAAGGUCAAUGGAAAAACACCCUUUUACUUUGAGAGCAGCCCUGUAUCCAGAAGACCUAUGGAUGCUUCAGUAUAAAAUAUAAUGGAAAUUUAACGAAGAGUGAAAUUAGAUUAUGAAUCAAAACAUGAACACAGGCUCUGUUCAGAAAAUAAUGGAAGAGACACAGGUUUUUAGGACCCAGCCAAGACAACCUUAUAAAUCAGCUGAAGUUUGCCAACCAGAUGGCAAUAUAUGUAAUUCAAAUCUUCCAUCUCAACAUUUCUAUCCAUAUUCAUCUAAUUAUACAUGUAUGCAUAUGAAUUACAGCAGCGAUUUGGAAAUUUUUGAAGCAGUAAAAAUUCGGGAACUGGAAGAAAUCAAAGCCAGAGCUGCACAAAUGGAGAAGACCAUGCGCUGGUGGUCAGAUUGUACUGCUAACUGGAGGGAGAAAUGGAGCAAAGUUAGAGCAGAAAGAAAUAAAGCCCGAGAGGAAGCAAGGCAAUUGAGAAUAAAAUUAGACAAUGUUGUAAAAGAAAUGAGUAUGCUUAAAAAGUUAAAUCAAGAUUUAGUAAGUGAGAAGGAAAAUUUAGAAAAUGUAACUACUUGGAAAACAGAAUGCAGUUGCUCAGAAAUAUCGCAUAUAAAACAAGACCUAAACCAGUUAACAUUUCCAGAACAAGAACCUGUGAAAGAACUGAGCAAAACCAGCAAGAUUCCUGUGGCAGAAGACACAAAGAAGGAUGUGGAAAUAAUCAAAGAUUCUUUAAGAAGCAAUCAAAAUAAAAAAAUAACUCUAAAGCAUUCUGAUUCCUUUCCCUGUGGAAUUGCCAGUAUUUAUUUGGAGGAACAAAAAAAAAGUCUGGACAAUAUAGCCCAGACAUCAGAGAAUGAUUUAAUACAUGUUUCUGUCAUGCAUUUGCAUUUGGCUGAGUUAAAGAAAAUCUUGCAGAAGGAAAGAGAAAUGAAUGUAUUUCUGGAAAAAGAAGUGGAAAGGACAGCAAAUGAAUUAUCUCUUUGGAAAUGGAAAUAUGAUGAACUAAGACAAUCUAAGCUGGAAAGUCUGAACCAGGACCAUAGAAUAAUUCAAGCUGGAAGGAACCUACGAAGGUCUCUGAUCCAGAGUUGGAUCAUCUCUGAGAUCAGACCUGGCUGCUCAGGAUUAUGUUCAGAAAAAUGUGUUGAGCUAUCUGGAUCCUAUCUUGCAAAUUAUUGCAAACUUGUGGCAUAACAAAGCUGUGGAAGAAAUUCCACUGAAGUGAGUCUUCUGGACAAAUCAAGCCUUCUACAUCUCACUUUAGACAUUUAAAUGAUGUUUAAAAUGGAACAUCAUUUUUGGAACAGCUAGUUCUUGUUAAACUGAAAUUCUACAUUAUUUCCACCUUUUUUUUCUAGACAUCUUUAUUCUGCCGUUACCUUAUAGUAUGAAAAAAAACGAAAAGCUGCUUAUCUGUAUUUGCUAUUUUCAUUCACUUAGUAUAUACAUAAAUUAGAAAUACUGAUGCUCUGAUAAUCUUACAGGAAAUUUAGACAGAUGUAAUAAUAUCUGAUCUGUCUGAUACUCUUUGCCUGACCCCCAACAUGCCUACAGCUCAUUGCUUGAGCCAUGAAGAAGAAAAAAAAAAUAAAUUAUUGGAUAUGAAGCAGUAUAUCUAAUGGCUAUACCAGGUACUGUGAAUUGUUCUGCUAAAUUCUCAACUAAGAUGGGCAAAAAUAUUGCUUACUUACAUAAUUUAAUAUGUAUUUUUAGAGUUCUACAAUUAGAUCAUCCCAACAUCACUUAACACUUAAUCUGAAUAGUCAACAAUCUUCAGUGUCUGUAAGAUAAAUGAUCUUCUUUAGUUCCUGACUUAAAAUAACUUUGUAGAGUGCUUUGACUGUUCCUGUCAUUUUUGAUGUAUUCUUUGUAUGAUUCGUUAACAGGUACACUGAAAAAUAUACUGUAAACGGAAAUAAUUUUACUUAGUAUUUUCUUUUCCUGUCUAUCAGUUAACAUUCUUGUCAGGUAUUUGAUAACUUAGGGCUAAUUUAUGUUAAGUUGGGUUGAACGGUGUUCUGAUCUGCAGCACAUUACACUGGUACAGUCUAGGAAAUUCAUGAAACUGAUUAUAGUUUGAACUUGCUUUGAUUACUUCUAGUAAUGCUGACCACUGUUGAUUUACUGUUACCUUGUGGUACCUUAUUUAUCUAUAAAUUUGGCUCAAUACAGCAGUAUAAAGCCAGGAUGGAAGGUUAGCUUAGAAAUCAGUUGAAAACAGAGAAGUGUUAUUUCAGUGACCAUUUAUAUGGCAAAUAAAACAUGAAAGAGAGAGAUUACUCAUUGCACUGUUUACUUUUUUUCACAUGAUUUUCUACAUGCUUACAUUCAUCAUCUUGUGACAAAUCGCUGCAUUUUUUUUUUUAUUUUCUUCUUCCUUUUAAAAUGCUUAUUAGAAUGGCCCAUGGCUUGUCCUAAUCCAUGAAUUUAUUAACAAGUGGUAAUAAAUACACGGUGAUAGAUAACAACAAGCUAAGUGAGGUAGGCUGUUAUAGUCUGGCAACAAUUGAACUUGUAUGCUGUUUAUCUGUAAAAAUCCCAAAUUUUUAAAUUAUCUUUGGUAAAUUAUAGGUAAAUUUACAUUGUUCUGAGGGUUAAGAGAAAUGAUUUAAUCAUUCAGCCUUUUUGCAGAGAAUAGAAACUUAUUUAUGCAUACAAUACAGCAUGUAUAUGUAUUUCUACUCAUGGGCAUAUAAACUGACAUAGCUUUCUUAUCUUGGUGAUUGGAAAGAUUUGGAUUAGUCAGUCUCAGCUCUCUAAGGGG